AUGAAGAGCCGCUGCCCCGCCUCGACGCCCGUCGGCCUCGCCUUCCUCCCCGCUCCAUGGGAGUGGCUCAUCAACGAGCGCGGCUACGCCAACGUUGUCUAUCGCCGGUCAGACAACAAGGAUACCACUGGCACGAGCAGGAGCACGGCCACGGGAACCGGCGUCUACGGCGUGCUCUACCGCCUGCCGCCUGCUGACGAAGAGCUGCUGGAUGGGUACGAGGGCGUGCCGAUCGCGUAUGAAAAGGUGACGCUGCCCGUCGUCGUCUUCGCGCCUGGGGAGCAGCAGGGGCCCGGCGGAGGGCACGAAGCGGAGGCGCUGGUGUACGUGAAUUUUCACCGUGUUGGCAAGGGGGAGUCCUUGGAUGAGUAUGUUGGCAGGAUGAAUCGCGGGAUCAGCGAGGCGACGGAGGCGUUUGGGUUGCCGGGUUGGUACGUUGACAAGGUCAUGAGGCCGUUCAUUCCCCUUGAUGAACCGACAGCCGUUUCAUGA